AUGUCGGAUCUUUUAUCCGGCAUUUCAAAUUUAACGAAACAGAUUAGUAAUAGUAUUCCUUAUCAGAUAAAAAAACUUGGUGAAUCCGUUCAUACUAUGGUAAUGAAUUAUACUGAAGCUGAAAAUCUUGUGUAUGAAGCAACCAAUGAGGAUCCAUGGGGCCCAACUGGUCCUCAGAUGAAGGAAAUUGCCAAUUAUACCUUUCAAUAUGAAGGUUUCCACCAGGUUAUGAAUCUGCUGUGGAAACGUAUGCUAGAAGACAAUAAGACCGCAUGGAGAAGAGUUUACAAGAGUCUUACUUUGCUGAACCACUUGCUCCUUCAUGGUAGUGAAAGAGUUAUUGGUAGCGCUCGUGAUCACUCCUUCCAAAUGAGAGUCCUAGAACAAUAUAAAUAUGUUGACGAUCAUGGAAGGGAUCAAGGCUUAAAUGGCGAGUUCUUCUCUUUUUCUUUAAAAAACAAUUUAAUACGCCACCGUGUCAAGCUAAUUUUGGAACUUCUCGGAGAUGACGAUAAACUUCGAGCCCAAAGGAGAAAGGUUAAAUCUGAUAACAAGGAUCGUUAUCAAGGUUACACUUCUGAAGAUAUUCGUAUGGGGCGUGGGGGCUCUUACAGUAGCAGCUCAAUGCAUGGUUUCGGUGACGACUGGAAAGAUGACACUAACUCAAGUUACAAAAGAAAAUCUUCUUUCGAAGAUAACAGAGAAGACUAUAGCGUGAAGGAAGUAAAUUCGUUCCAAUUCCCCGAAGAAGCUCGCAGAGGAUCGGUCUCUCCCGAAUUGGGAUUCCGACAGGAUCCUGUCCCCGAUGAUGAUUUUGGAGACUUCGCCACGGCCAGAUCGAUUCCUCAGCAAACUUCAGCUGUACAGAGAACAGGCUCCAAUGAAGUUGCUGCAGCUCAUAUUCCUGUGAUUCGCCCUCCUGAACCUGUUUCUGCUUCUAAAAUCGUUGGAGCUAAUACAUCUUCCACAUCUUUCGACUUACUGGGAUUGGAUGUUUCAUCAGCAAACUUAAGCACUAGUGUAGAUUUCUUUGGUGAUCCAGUCAAAAACCCACCACUAUCUAAUACAUCUGUCAAUCCCGCUUCGACUUCCGCUAAAGUGUCACCUGCGCCGGCCCUUGUCCAGCUAGGACAGCCCUUGAGCACCGAUUUGUUUGGCUCCACAUCAUCUACAUCGUCGCCCUUCUCUGCUGAUUUUAUGUGA